AUGGAAUCAAGGGCUGUGAUUUUCUCAAUUCUUCUGUCAGUUGUUUGUUUUUGUUAUGCAGAAGAAGUGAAGGUGGCAGUGAAGGGGGCGGCCCCCAUUGCUAGCACUGAUGAGAAUUUCAUAUGUGCUACUUUGGAUUGGUGGCCUCAAACUAAAUGCAACUACAAUCAGUGCCCAUGGGGAAAUGCCGGCAUUCCUAAUCUCGUAAGAUUUCGGAACAAGAUUCUUGAAAAUGCUGUCAAAGCAUUCGGCUCUCUGCGGAUCAGAAUCGGGGGUUCGUUGCAGGAUCAAGUUCUGUACAAAGUCGGAAAAUCAUUCCCGAAAUGCCCUCAUUUCAAAAGAAGAGACAAUGCCCUGUUUGGAUUUUCGAAAGGCUGUCUUGAAAUGGAGAGAUGGGAUGUCAUGAACAAAUUCUUCAACCAAACGGGGACUAAAAUAACAUUUGGAUUGAAUGCACUAAUGGGAAGGAAGAAGCUCAACUCCAACGAUUCACUUAUGGUAGGCAAAUGGGACCCACAAAACGCGCACGAUUUCAUGAAGUACACUGCCUCUAAAGGGUACAAGAUUGAUUCAUAUGAACUUGGAAAUGAGCUAUGUGGAAGUGGAGUAGCUGCAAGAAUAGAGGCAGAGCAAUAUGGAAAAGAUAUGAUUGUGCUAAAGAAACUAGUUCAAGAAUUGUACCCUAACCCUAAUACACAACCGAAGAUUUUAGGACCGGCCGGUUUUUACGAUAAGCAAUGGUUCGACACUUUUCUUCGGGUUUCCGGACCAAAUGUCGUUGAUGGUUUGACUCACCAUAUUUACAACCUUGGUGCAGGUGUGGAUCCAACACUAAUAAACAAGAUUCAAGAUCCAAAUUUUCUUGAUCAAAUAGCUGAGGUGUAUAAAGAUAUUUCAAGCAGUAUAAAGAUGUAUGGACCAUGGUCAAGAGCAUGGGUUGGGGAAGCUGGUGGGGCCUACAAUAGUGGUGGCAAAGAUGUUUCACAUGCCUUUGUUGAUGGCUUCUGGUACUUGGAUCAGUUGGGGAUGACAUCAGCAUUCAACCAUAAGGUUUUCUGCAGACAAGCAUUAGUUGGAGGAAACUAUGGUUUGCUCAACACAACCACAUUCAUCCCUAAUCCAGAUUACUAUGGAGCACUCUUAUGGCAUCGGUUGAUGGGCAAAAACGUCCUUUUCACCUCCCACAAAGGCUCCCCCUACUUGAGAGUAUAUUCUCAUUGCUCAAAGAAAUCAGCUGGCAUUUCACUACUUAUGAUCAACAUGUCAAACUCAACAACCUUUGAAGUAUCAGUAGUGGAUGAGACCAACUUGUACAAUCAAGAAUACACAAAUUUAAAUCAGAGAGAAGAAUACCAUCUUACCCCUAAAGAUGGAAAUAUUCUAAGUGAUGUUUUACUGCUAAACGGAACCCCGUUGAAGCUUACGGAAUCUUUCGAUAUACCCGCGAUGAAUCCACAGCUAGUCGAUUCUGUAUCGCCUAUUAAAGUGGGGCCCGAUUCGAUAGUUUUCGCCACUUUGAAAGGCUUUAAAGCCCCAGCUUGUGCUUAAUUACAAGUUUUAUAUAUUUUUCUAAUAAAUUAUAAUUAUUA